UAAAAUUGGUAAAGUGAGGGUGUUCUGUAAAAAUCAGGUAUGUAAUUAACGAGCUUCAAUCAUGUCUGGUCCGUAGGGCGUCGUUUUCUCGCACCGACAGGGUCUCCCUCUCUCUCUCUCUCUGCACCUAAUCCACCUUUCUUCUUUUUCACGCUCUGCCUACGCAACCCAAUCGCCUCUCUUCUUCUUCUCCAGGUCUCCUUAUUGAUGCUUUAUGCUCCGCAGUUCUUAUCCUGAGAGGCAGAGAACGAAAUCAGUGAUCACAUUGUCAAUAUACAGGCGCCGCCACAUCCUUUGCAUCCACACUCGACCAAUGCGCAUCGCCUGACUCGUGAUCCGUGCCGCUGGUACAUCAAUGGACAGAGAGUCGUCGUCGUCGUCUUCGGACGAAGAAGACGACCGACGAAUUCUAAUCGACCAGAACGAGAGGCCGGCGAGCAAGUCUCCCAAACGCUCGGCCUUGCACAUCGACGAUGGUGAUGGUGAGUUCAAGCACCCGAUCUUUAAUCCACGCCGUAUCUGCUCUCCGAAUUUCGCCUUCAACAAGAGGUACCUCUUCGCCGUCUUCCUCCCGCUUUUCAUUGUGAUCCUUUAUUUUACCACCGACUUCGAGAACCUCUUCCACUCCGCCGUUUCCGACGUCGGGUUUUCCUCCUCCGAUAAUGGCAUGCGCGAGUCCGAGUUGCGAGCGUUGUACUUGCUGAGACAGCAACAGUUAGGGCUUUUCAAGUUGUGGAAUCGUACAUCUGUCAGUGAAUCUAAUUCGAGUUCUGAUUACAAUUCCACCGCGGUUAGCUCUACUUCGUAUUUUAAGUCGGAAAUGCUUAGUCAAAUUUCGUUAAACAAGCAAAUCCAGCAAGUUCUUUUGUCGACUCAUGGAUCUGGGAACUCUUUGGAUUUGGAGGAUAAUGUGACGGAUCCCAGCCUCAGCGGUUUUGCGAGUCUUGAUAGGUGUCCAAAGGUGGAGAAGAACUUGUCCGAUAGGAAAACCAUUGAGUGGAAGCCAAGAUCAAAUAAGUAUUUGCUGGCCAUAUGUGUAUCGGGCCAAAUGUCCAAUCAUUUGAUUUGCUUAGAGAAGCAUAUGUUUUUUGCAGCUCUACUUAAUCGGGUUUUAGUUAUUCCCAGCUCGAAAGUUGACUAUCAGUUCGAUCACGUACUGGAUAUUGAUCACAUAAAUGAAUGCUUGGGUAGAAAAGCUGCCAUCACGUUUGAUGAGUUUGCAGAAGCUAAGAAGAGCCACUUGCACAUAGACAAGUUCAUAUGUUAUUUCUCAUUGCCACAGCCUUGUUUUAUGGAUGAUGAUAAGGUUAAGAAGUUGAAGUCACUGGGCAUUUCAAUGACUAAGCUCGAACCCGCAUGGGUCGAGGAUGUCAAGAAGCCAACAAAAAGGACAAUGCAAGAUGUUAUGGCAAAGUUUUCUUCUGAUGAUGAUGUUAUUGCAAUUGGAGAUGUCUUCUUUGCUAAUGUGGAGCAAGAUUUGGUGAUGCAGCCAGGUGGUCCUAUUGCUCACAAAUGCAAGGCGCUCAUUGAGCCAAGCCGUCUUAUCAUGCUCACCGCACAGCGUUUUAUCCAAACAUUCUUGGGAGAAAGAUUUAUUGCUCUUCACUUCCGACGUCAUGGCUUCUUGAAGUUUUGCAAUGCUAAAAAGCCAAGUUGCUUUUUUCCCAUUCCUCAAGCUGCCAACUGCAUUGGUCGGGCGGUUGAAAGGGCCAAUGCACCAGUUAUAUAUCUUUCCACAGAUGCUGCAGAAAGUGAAACCAGCUUAUUGCAAUCACUGGUUGUUUUGAAUGGAAAAACUGUACCUCUUGUCAAGCGCCCAGCUCGUGAUUCGGCUGAAAAAUGGGAUGCUUUAUUAUACAGACAUGGUCUAGAGGAAGAUGCUCAGGUGGUAGCUAUGCUGGAUAAAACAAUAUGUGGCAUGUCCACUGUGUUCAUUGGGUCCUCCGGAUCCACUUUCACGGAGGACAUUCUCCGGCUCCGUAAGGACUGGGGAUCUGCAUCACUUUGCGAUGAAUACCUCUGCCAGGGUGAAGUACCAAAUUUUAUCGCCGACAAUGAGUAGCAGCCCAGCACAUGCAGCAAGGCCUUCCGGUGCUCAUAUGAAUGAAUUUUGCGUGUGGAUUGUGCAGCCCAGUGUAGUAGUACUAUGUAAGAUAGUAGCCUUUAUAUCUGUGGUUUUAACUUUGUUUUUCAAUUUUUGAAGCGCUAGUUUUGAGUGUUAUUCGUUUGAUUCAUUAGGUGUUUGCUCAGCUUAGCUUCACCCUGAAAAUAGCAUAAAUGUCCUUUCUUAAGACAAAUGAUGGUUCAACGAAAGCUUGUUUCCAUGGAACAUUCUUUUGCAAAGGGAAGAUAAAUCGAUGAGUUGUACAUUAUUCAUCGGUGGCAUGAAAUCAACAAAGUUGGUCCACGUUGGUAUGUUUGAGUUUUGACAGUGGAUAUCCAUGACCAUCUGGAGGAUUCUAAUCUGUCAGCUGUGGAGUCAAUUGCCCAUUUAGAUGAAUUGAUGAAUCUUACUUGGCAAAAUA